AGUAUAUAUACACCAAAGAAAAUGGCCGCGUCCAUUCAACCACUGUCAAUCGCAGCUAGGGUUGCAGGGAGAAAAUUAAGGCAUAUGAAUGGCCAUGGGGUAUCAACACCUGUCAUACAUAAAUAUUUCUCAAGAACAUUAAGCACAGAUGACUCAGUCAGUGUUGACAGUUCAACUACUAAGGUACAGAGGCGAUCUGAGCAGAUAAGCUCUGCAAUGAAAGCAUUUCUCAGAAAGGCCAAAGAACAUGAGGUAAAGGUCAGUCAAUAUACUGAGGAGUAUGAACUUGGACGUAAACAUUUGGCCAAUAUGAUGGGGAUACAUCCAGAUGAAAUGACAAAAGAACACAUAAAUGAGGCCAUACAAUACCUCCUUCCAUCAGGGCUAUUUGAUAAAGGAUCCAGGCCCCAGUUCAAGCACCCAAACGAUUUUCUGCCAGUAAACUUAGAGUUCCCGUUUGAAGAAUCAGGGCGCCCAAAGCAUUACCAGUACUAUACUCUAAAGCCACACUAUUAUGAAAUGAUGUCUGAAGCAGCCUGGAGAACGGAAUAUUUAAAAGAAGAGGAAGUAAGAAUUGGCUUCUCUGGUCAGCAGCCAUCAGAAGUAAUGACACAUUUAACUGAGGAAUUUGAAUGGAUGAAUACACAGGCUUUUAUUGAAAUGUUCAAGUCACAGUUCUCAGAAACUGUCACAGAGGCAGAUCACAAAAGAUUUGUGGAAGUAAUGAAGAAGCUGUCCCUUAUGAGACUGAGAGAACAGGAUGUUGAGUUCCUGAGGCAUUAUGGGAAGCAAAAGACAACAGAAUCCCAAUCCUUAGAUUCUGGACCAGACAGAAAAUACCUUACUGAUGAUAAGGGGAGAAAAUACAAAACUAUGCAUGGUUCUAGGAAAAGUGCCAGGGCUAGAGUCACAGUAUAUGGAGAAGGGAGUGGGGUUAUAGAAAUAAAUGGGAAGGGUUUAGAGUAUUUUGAGAGUGUAUAUGCAAGGGAGCAGGUUUUAUUUCCUCUUGUGCUGACAGAAAGUAUAGACACAGUGGAUGUAGAAGCAUCAGUGGAGGGAGGAGGAGAGAUGGGUCAAUCAGGGGCCAUUAGACAUGGCUUGUCAAAUGCUCUUCUCCCCUUUGUCUCACAACAGAUGGCCAACAAAUUGUCUUUAGCUGGUCUCCUUGAUAGAGACAGUCGUGUGAAGGAGAGGAUGAAGCCGGGGCAGAAGAAGGCUAGAAAGAAGUUCCAAUGGAAUGCUCGGUAGUGGUGAAAGAUCAAAGACAAAACUGUGUUACCAUUUUCUCAAUUAAAAUGUCUUAAGACAA